UCCGGUGGUGGGAAAGUGAACGAGGCCAGAGUCAAAGCGGCGCAUUCUGAGGCAGGUGGGGUCCCUGUGGAAGAGGGAAGGCAGGCGACAGCAUAGGGCCUGACUCGGGAGGCCGGCGGAUCAGCAAUUGCAGAAGCAGACAGCGGCAGAGAAGAGAUGGUGCGGGGAGGCGCCGAGGAGGCGCAGUCCGCCCCUCUCAGGGUUAGUGAAUGAGGCUCUCUGCCCGGGCCGGCCCGGGGACUGUGGGCUGCGGUUCCCAGCAUGAGUGCGGGCCCCGGCUGUGAGCCCUGCACCAAGCGACCCCGCUGGGGCGCCGUUGCAACUUCUCCGCCGGCUACAUCGGACUCCCGGAGCUUCCCUGGCAGGCAGACACGCGUCCUCGACCCCAAGAACGCUCCCGUGCAGUUCAGGGUCCCACGGUCCUCGCCAGACUACGUCCCGGGGCGGGCGGGACCGCACAGAGGCAGCGCCACCUCUCUUGUUUUCAAACAAAAGACUAUUACCAGUUGGAUGGACACUGAAGGAAUCAAGACAGCUGAAUCAGAUAGUUUGCAUAGUAAAGAAAACAACAAUACAAGAAUAGAAUCCACAAUGAGUUCUGUACAAAAAGAUAACUUUUACCAACAGAAUGUGGAAAAAUUAGAAAAUGUUUCUCAGCUAAGUCUUGAUAAAUCACCCAUUGAAAAAAGUACACAGUAUUUGAGCCAGCGUCAGACUGCAACUAUAUGUAAGUGGCAAAAUGAAGGGAAACAUAUGGAGCAGCUUUUGGAAGGUGAGCCUCCGACAGUAACUCUGGUACCAGAGCAGUUCAGUAAUGCCAACAUUGAUCAGUCACCCCAAAAUAAUGAUCACAGUGACACAGAUAGUGAAGAAAAUAGAGAUAAUCAACAAUUUCUGACACCUGUAAAGCUUGCAUAUGCAAAGCAGCCUAUGGAAGACGAACAGGCCAGAGAAGCUAGAAGUCACCAGAAAUGCAGCAAGUCUUGUCACCCUGUGGAAGACUGUGCAGGUUGUCAGCAGGAAGAGAUAGAUGUGGUACAAGAGAGUCCAUUGUCAGACAUUGGCUCUGAGGAUGUUGGUACCGGACCAAAAAAUGACAACAAAUUGAGUAGACAAGAAAGUAACCUAGGAAAUUCUCCUCCAUUUGAGAAGGAAAGUGAACCUGAGUCACCAAUGGAUGUAGACAAUUCCAAAAAUAGUUGUCAAGACUCAGAAGCAGAUGAAGAGACAAGUCCAGGUUUUGAUGAACAAGAAGAUGGCAGUUCCUCCCAAACAGCAAAUAAACCUUCAAGGUUACAAGCAAGAGAAGCUGACACUGAAUAUAGGAAACGGUACUCUACUAAGGGAGGUGAAAUUAGGUUACAUUUCCAGUUUGAAGGAGGAGAAAAUCGUACUGGAAUGAAUGAUUUAAAUGCCAAACUGCCUGGAAAUACUUGUAGCCUGAAUGUAGAAUGCCGAAAUUCCAAGCAACAUGGAAAAAAGGAUUCUAAAAUCACAGAUCAUUUCAUGAGAAUACCUAAAGCAGAGGACAAAAGAAAAGAACAAUGUGAAAUCAGACAUCAAAGAACAGAAAGGAAGAUCCCUAAAUACAUUCCACCUCACCUUUCUCCAGAUAAGAAGUGGCUUGGAACUCCUAUUGAGGAGAUGAGAAGAAUGCCUUGGUGUGGGAUCCGGCUGCCUCUCUUGCGACCAUCUGCCAGUCACACAGUAACUAUUCGGGUAGAUCUUUUGCGAGCAGGAGAAGUACCUAAACCUUUUCCAACACAUUAUAAAGAUUUGUGGGAUAACAAGCAUGUUAAAAUGCCUUGUUCAGAACAAAACUUGUAUCCUGUGGAAGAUGAGAAUGGUGAACGAACGGCAGGCAGUCGGUGGGAGCUCAUUCAGACUGCACUUCUCAACAAAUUCACACGACCUCAAAACCUGAAGGAUGCUAUUCUGAAAUACAAUGUAGCAUAUUCUAAGAAAUGGGACUUUACAGCUUUGGUUGAUUUCUGGGAUAAGGUACUUGAAGAAGCAGAAGCUCAACAUUUAUAUCAGUCCAUUUUGCCUGAUAUGGUGAAAAUUGCACUCUGUCUGCCAAAUAUUUGCACCCAGCCAAUACCGCUUCUGAAACAGAAGAUGAAUCAUUCCAUCACAAUGUCACAGGAACAGAUUGCCAGUCUUUUAGCUAAUGCUUUCUUCUGCACAUUUCCGCGACGAAAUGCCAAGAUGAAAUCAGAGUAUUCUAGUUACCCAGACAUAAACUUCAAUCGGUUGUUUGAAGGACGUUCAUCAAGAAAACCAGAGAAGCUUAAAACACUCUUCUGCUACUUUAGAAGAGUCACAGAGAAAAAACCUACUGGGUUGGUGACAUUUACAAGACAGAGUCUUGAAGAUUUUCCAGAGUGGGAAAGAUGUGAAAAACCCCUGACGAGAUUGCAUGUCACUUACGAAGGUACCAUAGAAGGAAAUGGCCGAGGCAUGCUACAGGUGGAUUUUGCAAAUCGUUUUGUUGGAGGUGGUGUAACCAGUGCAGGACUUGUGCAAGAAGAAAUCCGCUUUUUAAUCAAUCCUGAGUUGAUUGUUUCACGGCUCUUCACUGAGGUGCUGGAUCACAAUGAAUGUCUUAUUAUCACAGGUACUGAACAGUACAGUGAAUACACAGGCUAUGCUGAGACAUAUCGUUGGGCCCGGAGCCAUGAAGAUGGGAGUGAAAGGGAUGACUGGCAGCGGCGCUGCACUGAGAUCGUUGCCAUUGACGCACUUCACUUCAGACGCUACCUCGAUCAGUUCGUGCCUGAGAAAAUGAGACGGGAGCUUAACAAGGCUUACUGUGGAUUUCUCCGUCCUGGAGUUUCUUCAGAGAAUCUUUCUGCAGUGGCCACAGGAAACUGGGGCUGUGGUGCCUUUGGGGGUGAUGCUAGAUUAAAAGCCUUAAUACAGAUACUGGCAGCUGCUGCAGCUGAGCGAGAUGUGGUUUAUUUCACCUUUGGGGACUCAGAAUUGAUGAGAGAUAUUUACAGCGUGCACACUUUCCUUACUGAAAGGAAACUGACUGUUGGAGAAGUGUAUAAGCUGUUGCUACGAUAUUACAAUGAAGAAUGCAGAAACUGUUCCACCCCUGGACCAGACAUCAAGCUUUAUCCAUUCAUAUACCAUGCUGUUGAGUGCUGUGCAGAGACUGCCGACCAGCCAGGGCAGAGGACAGGGACCUGAGUAGCUAAACGAAUAGAACCUCCUCCCACCUCUCACCAGAGGCAGCCCAUUUCGGUCAUCAGGUGUAAUGUAUGAACUGACUUAAGUUAAUGUAAAUGUGUAUAUAAUCCACAUUUGUAGUCAAGGACAUGAUCCCUUCUGCAUGUAUGCGAUUGUCAGCUUGGACAUGUAAACCUCUUCCAUCCUGGUUAUGUAUCAUUUCCAUUUUCUUCUAUUUCAGUCUUCAUUCUUUGCUUUUUCUUCCUUUUGCCCAUCAGAUUUCUUGUGAAGUCCCACAAAAGGUUGUGCUCAGCCCGUCAGCUCUCUUUCUUCAUGAUUAUAUAUCAUACAAUGCUCUGCAGGUAGCAGAUGCCAGUGAUGCCAGGGAAGAAGUUGAAAUCCAGGAAUCUCUUAAGCUGGGUUUGUGAAAAAUCUCCAUGAGCCUUUCACCCCCAAUGCCUAUUAUGCUUGCAUUGUUUGAGUUUUUGAAUUUUGAAAAUUAAGAAUUGGGAUUUUUUUCCAUAUGUUACGUAAUGCAAACUCCUGAGUUAAAAAAGUUUUUUAUUUAUUUAAGACAGAAUAAUUUCCAUAAUUUGUCCUUUUGACACAUCACUUUUAUUUGUAAUGGUUUGUCUGUCUUUUUUCUCCUGAUCAGUUUUUAUUGAUACUGUUUUUGGAAACUGACCAAGAUGACAGGGAAUGUAGAAGAAAAGAGGGUUUUCCCCAUAUGGUGUAAAGAAAACAUAUUCAAGAGUGUUGAAGGGUUUUUUUGUUUCUUGAGUUUUUUUCUUUUUAAAUUAGGAUUAAUGUUUGUUCCGUGGUGCUUGAGGCAUAUUCAUAAAACCAAAGUUUGGGAACUAGGAACUUUGUGCUGAUUUGUACAUAUUAAAGUUUCUCUGGUAUUCAAAGUUAUAUAGUUAAUAAAUUUUCAUUAAUAAAUCCUUUGUAAGAAACUCCCAUAUCAUCUAUAUUUUAUAUAGAUAUAAACAUAUGUUCUUUAAGUGUGUCUAGUCAAAUGUGUGAGCACAUAAAAUCUAAAUAAAACUGGACUGGUGGAAAAUGAUUAGGUAUAGGUUUUAUCAGGGCUCUGUUUAAAAGCCUUUAUUCAUAAUUGUAUCCAUUUAAAACUGGCAACAAACAUAAAUAAUGAUGUCUUUCAGAGGUUAAUGUGAAAGCCAAAGCUAAUUCUGUGUUAAUUGAAAGUAGAAUUUAAUCACAAAAAGACUUAUUCAGAUUUCCAAAAUAACCCUAAACCACACUCUUAAAGUUUGGGUUUACCAUCAGCUGUUGGGAAAAGCUAAUGGAGGUCAAAUCCUAUUAAUAAGCAAUGUCAGUAGAUGGUCUAAAUUCCUGUUGUCAGUGCUGGGAGAGGGAAAAUGGGGCCUUGGCCAUUGUCCAUAAUUCUUUUUAUUUGUGUAGAGGUUGAGAGGAUAAUGGGAUUUGGCACCUGAAGGCAGCCCCUUGUCAUUGAUGAAGUUCUUUACCAUAUUAACUGAGCUUUUUAAUCAUCUCACAGAUUUGGAGGAGUCUGGCCUUAUUUCUGCUGAUAUCAAAAUCUUCUCUUUCAUUCUCAACUCAUUCUAUGCUUUGAAUAAACAUUCACGGGUAUAUUUCCUCAUUUUUUCCAUGCCCAAACUCUUCCCUUCUUACCCAUCCCCAAAACAAAGUGAACAGUUUUUAAAACUGUUUAAUGAACAGUGUAGGUUGGUUCUUGUAGUAGACAAAUCAUUAAAUCCAGGUAAAAAGACCAUGCAGCCUAAAUAUUCUGGAACGUAGAAACUAACUCAGCUCUUGGUGCUGUACAGGAUUGGUGAUGGGCCAUCUACCUAACUGCCUCUUGCUGUUAAGGAGUUUCCAAGAAUAAAACCCGACUAGUUCCUUGUCCAUAUUCUGGCAUUGGGACAACUUAAUCAGAUGGAACAUGGAGAGGACAAUGUGCGUUUUUUUGAGGAGGGAGGAAAAUGGAGAGAACACGAUGGCUUUGUCCUUAAAUGCCCACUGCAAAAUAAAUUUUUUAAUUAACAAUUGUAUCUAUUCUGAGAUAUUUAGAAGCACCUUUUUACUCUCUCUCAUCUAGGAUUCAUUGUUUUAUUACGUGUUGUUUGCUACUUUCUUCCUGAAUCUACCAAGGCAUGAAAGGAUAUUUUUAGUUUAGAAUUCUUAGGUUUUUAAUAAAGCUCGAUUGCUUGUCCCUUUCUGUCUAGCUCACUCAAAUGUGCAGUAACAGCUUAAGGAAGUAAUAUUCAGUGAUGGAAAGGGCAUGAGAUUUCAGAUCAGGCAAGCUGGGUUCAGAUGCUAGCUGUACUUGUCCAAAGAAACUGAAUUUCUGAGUCUUAGUUAACUCAGCUAGAAAAACGGCUAAUAGCACCCACUGGGAAAUAAAACAUAUAAAUCACGGAACACAGCAUAGUUGGUGCUCGAUAAGUGUCAGCUAUUAUGGUUGGCCAGGAAACAUUUAUGUAGCACCUAUUGUAUGUUAGCUACUAUCCCAGUUGUUGUGCAUAUUUUAGCUCAUUUUUCUGGUGAGCUAACAGAUGCCCAGAGAUUAGGGAAAGUACAGUAGUUCCCCCCUUAUCCGUGGUUUCACUUUCUGUGAUUUCAGUUACCCAUGGUCAACUGUGGUCCGAAAAUAUUAAAUGGAAAAUUCCAGAAGUAAACAAUUCAUAUGUUUUAAAAAGUUCUGAGUAACAUGAUGAAAUCUCACACCAUCCUGCUCAGUCCCGCACUGGAUAUGAAUCAUUCCUUUGUCCAGUAUGUUGAUGGUGUAGACUCUCCGUGCCCUGUAGUAACUUAGAAUUCUCGUUAUAAGAUCAAUUAUUGGUGGUAUCUAGUGCUUUUGUUCAAGUAACCCUUAUUUAAUCAUGGCCCCAAAGUGCAAGAGCAGUGAUACUGGCAAUUUGAUAUUCCAAAGAAAAGCUAUAUAAAAUGCUUCCUUUAAGUGAAAAGGUGAAAGUUCUCCACUUAAUAAGGAAAACAAAAACAUCAUAUGCUGAGGUUGCUAAGAUCUACAGUAAGAACAAAUGUUCUAUCCAUAAGAAAAAAAAGGGAGUUGUGCUAGUUUUGCUAUUGCACCUCAUACCGCAAAAGUUACAGCCACAGUGUGUGAUAAGUGCUUAGUUAAGAUAGAAAAGGCAUUAAAUUUGUGGGUGGAAGCUAUGAACAGAAACAUGUCCAGAAUGACGGCAAUCUGGUUCGCUACUAUUGUGGUUACAGGUAUCUGCUGGUCAUUGAACACAUCCCCCGAGGAUCAGGGGAGACUACUACAAUACCAUUUCAACCUCCAGGAGUUCAUUAGGAAAGAGAACCAACUCUGUCAUCUCUGUAGGGAAUCUGAUAGAGCAGAGGCCCUGACACUGUUGUUCUCUACCAAGUUCUCUACUCUUCAUCACGAGUGACUCAGUAUUAGUGGGGUACAUUCAUUCAUCUCUGAGAGAAUUAUCUCUGUUCUUGCUGGUUGAAGUGACAUGUCAGGCAGGCAUACCCAAACUGGUAUUUAAAAGAGAGAGAGAUUGAAAAGGAGAUUUAACCAAGCUCCAUGAUUGCUAUGCCAGGACUUCUCUCUAAUGUGUAUAGGUAAGCUGUCCCACUCCAAGAAUAUAUUGGAGCAAAAAAUUAGUUGGGUAGCAUUCUUGGAAACUUCCUCAACAGGAAGGGAGGCAGCUGCAUAGAUAUUCACCUAUUUUAUUCCUUCUUCUCCAGUCCGAGUGGCUGUAUCUUUAUGGCUUUUUUCUGAUGCAGGGAAGACCGGAAUCUAGUGUAUUUGCUUUAAAGAUAAGUAAUGCUUUAGAGGGCUGGUAAUUCUCACAAGCCUGUGGAUACUGUGCUAACCCUUUGUCUAAGGGGAAGGGCCAGUCUGGCCAUUGCUGGAACAGGAACUUAGAAUAUUAAUUCUGUCCUUUUUGCAGGGAGAGGGCUUCCAGUGUGAUACCCGCUAGAACAAACUGAUAAAAUCUACUGACCCACUGCUUUUCUCUGUCCCAGUAGCGCCUUUAGUGCCUGCUCACCAGAUCCCACAUGGAUCUACUGAGCCAUCAGAUGGAAGGCUUCCCAAACAAGACAACCAAAACUGCAUAUGUUCGUUUGAUAACUGGUUUUAUUUAUCUUGUUUAUUUUAAUGUGUCAUGAUUUUGAAUUUGGGGAUAAAGAGAGGUCCAUGCCAAUGUUUAUGUGAUUUUUAUGGGAAGAGAAUAAAGCAAUUCUGCUCCUCUUGUUA